AUGGGCCGAGGUGUAGCACGACGUGGUUCUGCAGUUCCUUGGCCAAAUGGUAUUGUUCCAUACGAAAUUGCAUCAGGAUACGUGACAAUAUUAUUUUUUUAUGCAGCACUCACGCAAGAAACAUUUAUUAUUGAAACAAUGCAAAAAAUGGAACGUUACAUAUCAAUUAACAAUGUACGUUGUAUACAAUUUCGACCGAAAGUAUCAUCUGAUCUGUAUUACAUUACAAUCACCAAUGGAUAUGGUUGUUCAUCUUAUGUUGGACAGAAUGCAGGCAUUAAUAUGGUUCGUACGGUAAAUUUUCAACAUCCGGGUUGUUUAUAUGAAGGAAUAAUCAUGCAUGAAUUAUUGCAUGUAUUAGGCUUCUACCAUGAACAAUCACGUCCGGAUCGUGAUAGUUAUGUUACAAUCAAUUUUGCAAAUAUACAACUAGGUAUGGAACACAAUUUUGUAAAGUAUAAUAACUCAGAAGUGAACACUCAAAGUACACCAUAUGAUUAUGGAUCGAUAAUGCACUAUGAAACGACUGCUUUUUCUGCUAAUGGACUUCCAACCAUCGUUCCAAUACAGCCAAAUACUAUUAUUGGACAACGUGUGAAUUUAAGUUCCAUUGAUAUUCAAGAAGUUCGUUUAUUCUACAACUGUACAGCAAGCGGAGUAACAUUGCCCACUAUUACUACUACUACAACAGGUAACUAG